AUGGCGGAUCUCGCGCAGAGUGGCAGCGACGGAGAGCAGCGCGCGCGGGGCUUCGCGCGCCAGGGCGCCCUGAGGCAGAAGAACGUGCACGAGGUGAAGGACCACAAGUUCAUCGCGCGCUUCUUCAAGCAGCCGACCUUCUGCAGCCACUGCACGGACUUCAUCUGGGGUUUCGGGAAACAAGGAUUUCAGUGUCAAGUGUGCUGUUUCGUGGUUCAUAAGCGCUGCCAUGAAUUCGUCACCUUUUCCUGUCCCGGAGCAGAUAAAGGUCCUGCGUCAGAUGACCCACGCAGUAAGCACAAGUUUAAGGUGCACACCUACUCCAGCCCAACGUUCUGUGAUCACUGCGGUUCACUGCUGUAUGGCCUCAUCCACCAGGGCAUGCGAUGCGAACACUGUAUGAUGAAUAUCCAUAAGCGGUGUGUGGCGAAUGUUCCCAGUCUGUGUGGGACUGACCACACCGAGCGCCGCGGCCGCAUCCAGAUCACCGCUAACAUCAAGAACAACGCCCUGACCGUCAGCAUUAAGGAGGCGAAGAACCUGGUGCCCAUGGACCCCAACGGCCUGUCUGAUCCGUACGUCAAACUCAAGCUGAUCCCGGACCCCAAAAGCGAGAGCAAACAGAAAACUAAAACCAUCAAGUGCUGCCUGAACCCCACAUGGAAUGAAACUUUCACAUUUAAUCUGAAGGACUCUGAUAAGGACCGCAGGUUGUCUGUGGAGGUUUGGGAUUGGGACCUGACCAGCAGGAACGACUUCAUGGGCUCUCUUUCGUUCGGCAUCUCAGAGUUACAGAAACAAGGAGUGGACGGAUGGUUUAAGCUGCUGAGUCAGGAGGAGGGGGAAUACUUUAACGUUCCUGUUCCUCCGGAGGGAGAGGAGGGCAAUGAGGAGCUCAGGCAGAAGUUUGAGAGAGCCAAAAUUGGUGCAGGCACCAAAAACACGGACAGCUCCUCCAACGCCAUCUCCAAGUUCGACAACAACGGAAACCAAGACCACAUGAAGCUCUCUGACUUCAACUUCCUCAUGGUGCUGGGAAAAGGCAGCUUCGGCAAGGUGAUGCUGGCUGAGCGUAAGGGAACUGAUGAGCUGUUUGCUAUAAAGAUCCUGAAGAAGGACGUGGUGAUUCAGGAUGAUGAUGUGGAGUGUACGAUGGUGGAGAAGAGAGUCCUGGCUUUAUCAGGAAAACCUCCGUUCCUCACUCAGCUCCACUCCUGCUUCCAGACCAUGGACCGGCUCUACUUUGUGAUGGAGUACAUUAACGGAGGAGACCUGAUGUAUCAGAUUCAGCAGGUCGGCAAGUUCAAGGAGCCCCACGCUGUGUUCUACGCUGCAGAGAUCGCUAUAGGCCUGUUCUUCCUGCACCGUAAAGGCAUCAUUUACAGAGAUCUGAAGUUGGACAAUGUCAUGCUGGACGCUGAGGGUCAUAUUAAGAUUGCUGAUUUCGGGAUGUGUAAGGAGAACAUGCUUGAAGGUGUGACGACCAAAACCUUCUGUGGGACUCCGGACUACAUCGCCCCCGAGAUUAUUGCGUAUCAGCCGUACGGCAAGUCGGUGGACUGGUGGGCGUUUGGAGUGCUGCUGUAUGAGAUGUUGGCAGGACAGCCCCCAUUUGAUGGUGAGGAUGAGGAUGAGCUGUUUCAGUCCAUCAUGGAGCAUCACGUGUCUUAUCCGAAAUCCAUGUCCAAAGAAGCCGUGGCCAUCUGUAAAGGGCUGAUGACUAAGCACCCUGGGAAGCGUCUGGGCUGUGGUCCGGAGGGCGAGCGGGACAUCCGAGAGCACGGCUUCUUCCGCUAUAUGGACUGGGAAAAACUGGAGAAUAAAGAGGUUCAACCACCAUUCAAACCUAAAGCUUGUGGCCGGGAUGCAGAGAACUUUGACCGUUUUUUCACGCGUCAUCCUCCGGUUCUCACUCCCCCAGACCAGGAGGUCAUCAUGAACCUCGACCAAGACGAGUUCGAGGGCUUUUCCUUCAUAAACCCCGACUAUGCUGCCAUGGAAACCCCGAACACCCCACCAUAAACCUCCCACAAAGCACCCAGACCCCACCGUGGCAGUCAAGAACCACCAUUAAACCCCUUCAUCCCUCAUUCCAGACAGCCCCCUUUCAUUUCCAUUGGCGUAUGCCCCCUAGAGGCCACGAGGCUGUGGUGCAUAUGAGCAUAAUUAGUCAUGUGGCAAUAUUUAACCGACUGCAUACUUAGAUGCAUGCAAUACUUUGGUAUAAUAGCUAGUUAGUCUGAUGUUUAAUAACUUACUGAAUGUGUAUGUAUUUUUGAACCCAGCGGCUUCUCAGUCUGGGCUUUUCUUCUUCUUUCUCCAUCCUCGGUCUUCUCCAUGUAUGGCCUAGAAUCAAGUCCCCUAGUCAGCUUAGUUGUUUGUCCUGCUAAUUAAAACCUUUAGGUUCCUCCAGGCUGCAUGACUGAUGUCCAGGGUUUGCUGCACUAUGGCUCACUGCAUUUGUGAUGUUGUGAUGGUUUUGUUUUCAUUGAGAAUCCAUCUCCUUUUUUGUUUACCUUUCGUUUCGUCUGCCUGUUUGAGUUCUCAUCCACGAGCAGAUGAGCUGUGCAUGAGUAUUGCUUCCAUUGCAACUCCAGUAUGUAUUAGACGAGCUCGAUAGCGUGGAAGGCCAGGCCUGUUUCUCCUGCACACUGAUUUGCUUCGUACCGACCGGCUGAUGACGGAGAUGAGUGGUUGAGCAUGUGUGAAGGUGAUGUUUGCAGAAUGCAUCUGCAUUUCUAACAGCGCUUGCCUGGAUGCGUCUUGCUGUCUGUGGUGAUCUGUUUCUCUCGCUCGAGCCAGCUGUCCAUCUCCCUCUCAGACCUCCACGCGGUGGGACUCCUCUCGAUGGUCUCUGGUGAACCUUCUCUCGUGUGUAACCUCUCCUGCCUGGUUUCACAGCCGGGCUGAGACGUGUUUAACAUGUUCAACAGCGCUACCUCCUCCCAGAGACGCAGAGCGGUGAGAGGAAACAGAGGGCACUGCUAAUAUCAGCCUGCGGUCGGACGAAACCUUUGACCACUCCGAACAGUGUACACUGCAAAAAACUCUCAUCAACUGAAAACAUCUUCAUAUCUAGUCAGUAUGUCUAAUAUCCCUCAAUAAGAGUGUUAUAAUAAUGUUAUAAGAUUUUUAGACAUUUUGUACUUAUUUUAUGUAAUUUGAUCCUCUGAAACUUAUGUUGUCAGAUCAUUUUAAACAUUAUUUAUUUAAAUAACCAAAUUAUCUUUGUUAUUUAUCUAAACAAUGAACCAAUCUGGCAAUGCAAUAAGACACUUUCACCAGAUAAAAUGACUCAGAACAAGUAAAAAUGUACAAACAGGUGGAAUAAUCUUAGAAUAUUCUUACAACAGUCUCAUAAUAAUAAAUAUAAGAUAUUUUAACUAUGUUUAAUAUGUUUUCACUUGAUAAGAGAUCUUUUGUGCAGUGUCUCAAAUGAACCACAUUAGGGUUCACUCAGCCCUGCAGAGUCUCAGUACUUAGAAAUCUGGAGUUAUUAUUGUCAUUUUGCUGUGCUAUUUAAAUAUAAUUAUUAAUGCUAUCAAAGUUAACGUGUUAAAAAAGAGCAACGUUAAUAAUUUAUCACAUUAAAACCACUUUCCCAGUUUGACCCUUUGACCCGUCCACAGUAGCGCAGGCUGAAGCCCAGCUGUAUUCGCUCUAAUAGAAUCCAGGAUUGUAGAGCUCUCGUUCAGAAGCUCUGUUUAACUGAAGCUACAGGAGUCGGUAUAAUACUGAUACUAUAAUACUAAUAAUAUGUCCAUGUAAAAUUAUAUCGACUGAUAUUGUUUAGCUUUUUAAAGUUGUCGAAAUAACUGAGGACACUGUCAUAAAAAUCAGACAAAAAAAUGAUGUUAAAUCCCGAAUCCCCGAAUGUACGUAGUGCCGCUGUAAGAGCUGACCAAUCAGAGGGCAGCCUGGAUGAUGGAGUUUGAACUGAGAAACAGGACCGUCAGCUGGGAGAUGCCGGACUGAUUAGCGGGAACGGAUCACGCUGGGAGCUCCGAGCAGAGCGGAGUGUAAUUACACUGAUCAGGCUGUGACGGCAGUGAAUGAAGACAAAGACGUUCCGACACAUUCAGAUCCUGAUACGGCGCCACCGUGUAGCACCAGUGUGGCUGUAGUUUCAGCGCAAAUUAGUGCUCGACUGUCUGUUUAGCAGCGUUAUGAUAUCAGCUGUGAUAUGAAGGAUUACACUGAAUCAGAAUUCCCACAUUUCGACUGUUUCUCAGAGGAGAUCAGACAGAGUGAGUCAGCAGGUUUGGGUUGGAGUGUAGAGGGUCAAACACAGGAACCGUUCUAGCAAUAACAGGAGCACCACAGGGAAACAUCGUUACGCAGACCCAACUACGCUAUUGUUUAGCACUAAACAGAGUGUUUAGCGUUUCUGCUAGAUUAAUUAGACCUACUUACAUCUUCUCUUGAUUAAAAAGGUCAAAAUAUCAAGUUUCUGCUGUCUGAGUUUCAGAAAUGUAACAAUAAAAAUUGCAUGGUUUCGGUCAGCAACGCACUGAUUACUAAAACUAAAACCAUUGGGUUCUGUUUAAUAUUUCCACACAGAAUCACAUCGUCUAAUGUUUUUGGUUAUUGAAAUAUUUAGCUUAUUGGUCUCUUAUUGGAUUACUGGUCUCUGUAUUAGAUUAAGCCCUAUAGUUUAUUGAUAUUAUCAGUCAGCACAUUUUCUAGCUCAUUAAAAUGAUCAGUCAGGCCUUAAAACUAUGCUGGUCCAUAUUCCUGCUUAUGAGAGUUUUUCAGUCACUAAAACAAAACCGGUCAGGUCCCAAAGACGUGGGCUGAUACUAGUGGUCAUUGGAAUUUAGAGUUCAUUAAAAUCGGCCUUGGUAUCGGUGGCAGUUUUCUUAUCGGCGGGGCCCUAAUGUGCACAGAGACGCUGGAUAUCCGUUGGUCAUCUGGCUGUGGCCGAAAUUUCAGUGGCUUUUGCUAGAAACCACAGGUGCUUCACAUCCAAUCUUCACCUUCAGGACUUCAGGGUGGUGAAAAUCUCACUGGAGCAGAGUUUACUGUCAGACUGCUCACAGCAGUGCAGUGAAAUCUAGCUUUUAAACCAGUACAUCUCUGGUUAUGGUCAGUAUCUCAGUGUAAAAAAGCAUUUUUCAUUUCUGCCAAAAUUGUGCUGCAUCAGAGGGCUUUGGUAUUUAUUUUGUAAACAUCUUCAAAACGACAAAUAAUCCUAUAAAACUGUGUCAAAUGUUGUUAACCUGUAUGCAGUAGAUGUGGUCAGUAUUGUACACAGAAAACAUUACUAGAAAUAAUACUAGAUGAUUUAUGUGUUUACCAAUAAUGCAUUCUGAGAUACAUAUAUAGACGAAUGGAAAGCGCUUUGUGCAUGAAUUAUUAACUGAAACUGUGAUUCCAUAAUCUAGUUUAGACCUUUAGACAUAUAUCAGUGUAACAGGGAGUGCUUUGACAGCUGUGUGUGCUUUUUCAGAUGCUUUUUAAUGUGCCAAAGUAUUUUCCAGAAGCAAAAAAUUAUACCUUCAAUAAAAUGGGAAGCUGUA